CCUACCCCUUCCCCACCCCUACCCCUCGCCAUCCAUCCUCCCCUCCCCUUCCCCUAGUUAGUCCUCCCCUUCCCCAGCCAUCUCUCACCCUUACUUCCUCAACCCCCACGACUUCUGAUUUGUGAGAUGGCUACAGACUUUCCUGAGUCCACUGCCCCUGACUGCAAAGGAGAUCUGAAAAGCAACACCAAGCUAGAUACAGAUUACCCACUUCGGGUCCUGUACUGUGGAGUCUGUUCAUUACCAACAGAGUACUGUGAAUAUAUGCCUGAUGUUGCUAAAUGUAGACAGUGGUUAGAGAAGAAUUUUCCAAAUGAGUUUGCAAAACUCACUGUAGAAAAUUCACCCAAACAAGAACCUGGAAUUGGGGAAGGCCAAGGAACAGCAGGAGAAGAGGAGGAGAAGAAAAAGCAAAAGAGAGGUGGAAGGGGUCAAAUAAAACAAAAAAAGAAGACGGUUCCACAAAAGGUUACGAUAGCCAAAAUUCCCAGAGCAAAGAAGAAGUACGUAACAAGAGUGUGUGGCCUUGCAACUUUUGAGAUUGACCUUAAAGAAGCACAAAGGUUUUUUGCUCAGAAAUUCUCCUGUGGUGCCUCAGUUACAGGAGAGGAUGAAAUCAUCAUUCAGGGAGAUUUUACAGAUGACAUUAUUGAUGUAAUUCAGGAAAAGUGGUCCGAGGUCGAUGAUGACAGCAUUGAGGAUCUUGGAGAAGUAAAGAAGUGAUUUUAAAAAUUUGUCUGUAUUUAAUAACCUGAAGUUAUAGUUGAUGUAGCCAAAGGGAGGGAGGCCUUUAAAAAUAUAUAUAUUUAUCCUACAGUAAAACUGUAGACUACCCUUAUCCUUGGCAUUUCACUGUUCUGUACAAGGCUGCUUGUGUUUUUUCUUUUGUUUUAUUUUUUAAAUUGCCAAAGUCCAAUAAACUGGGGAAAUUCAUCAUGCUUAUGCAUGAAAUAGAGAUUUAGUUAAAUAAAAAAUUUUGGUCAUA